GUAAAUCCUUUGUGUAUAUAUAUACACAGUCUAAGCUUAGAAAUUGUGAGCUAAAUACUCAGAAACAUAACUUACUAGCCUUUUAAUUCUUGGGUGUUCAGAAGCUAAUCUAACUUCUAUUCCACGAGGACAGACAGGUUGGAUUAACUACCAGUACUCCAACCAAAUAGUCAACCCAACAACUUCCAACAUACCUGAGUAGUGCUCCAAGUUUCAGAUCACGAAUUCCUGCACUGCUUCAUGUCCAUGGACAAGCAUUUGUCAACCAAGACACCAGAAUCCAUACAGAAUUGCUCUCAUGAGCUCUCAGAUCAUCGCAACAGCAACUCAUCUCAUCGCUUCAGCUAUCUCACCAGUUUUCCAUGCUGCAGAACCAUACCCACUCUUGCUGCUCCACUCCUUGACACACCAGUGAUCAAGGAGCCCAAUGAGCAUUCCACUAAAGCCUCUCGCCGGUCCUACUCUGCCCCAUCCAUAUUCACCUGCAUCAAGGAAAGUCAAGCCCUGGCACUCGAUGCCGAACCUGCAGAUUCUCCGACCACGCGUUCACCAUGGAUUGUGCGGCAAGCCAUAGUUGGAGCAAUCCUGUACAUCUCGGUAGGGAUCAUCGUCUUCAUGGUGAGGCAAGGGAGCUUCAAGGGGCACAGAACGUUUCCACUGGUCGACGGGCUAUACUUCGCCAUCGUGAGCAUGUGCACAAUCGGGUAUGGCGACAUAGUGCCUCACACCAGCUUCACCAAGCUCUUUACCUGUGCGUUCAUUCUGGUGGGCUUCGGCUUCGUGGAUGUCCUCCUCAAUGGGUUGCUGACCUACGUGCUCGACAAGCAGGAGGCAGUGCUGCUCAGCGCCGUAGACGAGAGCCGUCGCAAUGUGAUCUUCAGGACGUAUGUGAUGGACAUGAGGAAGGGGCGGAUGAGGGUGCGGAUGAAGGUGGGGUUGGCACUGUGUGUCGUUAUCUGCUGUGUUGCGGUGGGGACUGUGAUGGUGCACGUCCUGGAGGGGCUGGCUUGGCUCGACAGCUUCUAUCUCUCGGUGACCUCCGUGACGACAGUGGGGUACGGGGACUACACCUUCUUGACGAUGAAGGGGAGGCUGUUUGCAUCAGUGUGGCUGCUGGUGAGCACUCUCGCUGUCGCCAAGGCGUUCUUGUAUCUGACCGAGCUCAGGAUCGAGAAAAGGAAUCGAAGGACUGCAGAGUGGGUGCUCAAGAGGAAGAUGACCGCGGGAGAUCUGAUGGCAGCAGACCUGGACAAUAAUGGAUCCAUAAGCAAAUCAGAGUUUGUGAUCUACAAGCUCAAGGAGAUGGGGAAGAUCUCAGAGAAGGACAUCAUGUUAAUCUGCAACCAGUUUGAUGAACUCAACGCUGGGAAGUGUGGAAAGAUCACGCUGUCAGAUCUCGUCCAAGAGUCACCACUGACAAAUCCAUGGAAGAACAGCUGAGCAUAUGGCCUGCAAAACCAAAACGUACUCCAUACAUACUUGUAUACACAAUUAACGUAUUGUUCAUCCAUAAACUAUGGAACUCAGAAAUAGUUGACACAAGUAAUGUUAAGAUGAACUUGGUCGUCUACUGUCAUUUGCCUUCUCAAUGGCUAAAACGCUUUUUACUGGGGAACAUGUACAUAGCUAAACAGUACCUUAAAUUGCUAGCCCUGUAAAUCUAAACUUGCAGAAGGUCUACGCUUACAAGCAACAUACCCAUUUUCUAACUUUUGUACCAUACAUUGCAUCUAGUUAGUAAUACUACAAAUAAGAUGACAAAUACUAUAGGUUAACAAAGAAAUGUUACAUAAAAUGUUUAUACUAUAACCAUACCUGGGUGUCAAUUUGAAGUUCAAAUUGUCUGAUCUCUUCUUUGAGUGUUAGAACUCCAGUUUGACCAUACAAAAUUCCUGACAGUCAAUUGUAGAUACUAAUUUUGCACCAUCAAGUUCAAUAAAUUACUAUCAGCAAGUUGGAAAAAAAAUCAAAUGCAAAGUGGUUGUAACUCUAAAAAAUGAGCAUAAGUAUCACUAGCUGAUUACUUGGCACCUCAACAGCUGUGUGGCCUCUUGAAUCAGUCAUGCUUGCACAUGAUUAUGCUGCUUAUCCAGGUAAGAGAAUUGUCAUAUAGUACUACUAAAACAGAAUGUAACAGAUAGUAGCAAUGAACUAAAACAAUAGCCCCUUCAGCCAAUAACAUUGCAGUAUAUAGUGAGCUUAACAACAUGAAGACACUAUUUAUUAGCUUAUCUCAAACCUAACAAAAUAACAACCACACCACUUGUAUGCCUAAGAAAAGUCAUCCUGAACAAUUUAUAAGUACUAAAUAAAAUUUUCAACCAGUUAAUCCAUUGAAAACCUCAUUAAAGUUCAAAUCAGCCACAAAAAGGAAAAAAAACUACAGAUGAGACCAAACAAUCAAGAUAUCAUGAGAAAAUGACAUUGUAAGUUAAGUGACAUUGAAUGAGACAACUGAGGAUAGCAUAAGCUCUACCAUCCUAUAAACAAACAUGAUCUGAGAGAUUCAUGAACACCAACCAGCUCAUCCAAGUCCCUCAACCAAGUUUUGGACCUCAUCAUGAACCAUAUCAUCAUUUACAUUAUUACAGAUAACAUUACAAUGUGCAACAUCAAUAAUGCAGUACAGUAACGACAACUCAGGACCAAGAA